AAUUGUCUUAUGUCAGUAAGCGGUUGUGAGACGCGAGUGUUGCGUUAUUGUUUUUGUUUAUAAAAAAAAAACGCUGUAAAAACAUAUAAAUGUGAAAUGAGUUCGAUACAAGAGCGUUUGCAACUAAAACGGGUGCCACUCGACACAUGGAACGUUCGGGAGCAGCUAUGUCUCGCGUCCGCGGUCGUCAGAAGCGGCGACCAAAAUUGGAUGUCUGUUUCACGAGCUUUGAAGACCAUAGGAGAACCUAAUAGACCUGCCGAUUGGUAUUCGCAAAAAAGUUGCGCAGCGCAAUAUGGCGCUCUACUGGAACACGUGGAAACGCCGAAGCGCAAGAAACGCAACUCGGAGGGCGGCGUGGAGACGCCACAAGAGAGCAUACUCAAACGUCUUACAGAGCAACGAAUACAGGAGAUACAGAAUAAUAUAGCGGAGAUGAACCAGCAGUAUGAGCAGUUGAAGAACGAGAUAACAGAAGUGCGCAACACGAACACGCCCGAAGAGCGUCUCCACGAGCUGUGGUCUGGUAUAGAAGCGGCUAAGCGUGCGAGGGAGAAGGAGAGCGCCCGCCGCGCCGCGUGGCUGAAAGAGAGGGAAGAUAAAAGGGCAAGAGCUGAGCGCACGUGGCGCCCGAACGCUCAGCCUACUGCAGUGGCAACAUCGUCGACACCCUCUUCGCCGCUACUAUCGUCGUUGUUAAAAUCAACCCCUGUGGUCACGACACCGCAGCACAUAACACAUCCCGCUAAUGUGGUUGACGCCAUAUCACCAAGUGCAGGAGCACCCACACUAUCCCUUCUUUUGGAACAACCACAUGAAAAUAAACACGCCGCUAUAGAACAUAUAAAGAGUCAGUUGGUGCAAAUCGAACAUCAGUUGAAAGCUAGCACCAGCUCCCCCUCCCUGCCCCCAUCCCCAUCCCUCCCCUCUCUCCCCCCUCCCCUCCCCCUGCCUACCCCCCUCCCCACCCCCUCAGUGGAUAUUGACGAUAUAGAGAUCAAAGCGGAGGAUGUGUAUGCAUUCAGAGAUAUAGAUAUUAAUAUACCGCCCGUCGCUGCUAUGCAUAAGGGGACGCAGAGGGUUGAAAAACAAUAUAAAAAAGAGGACGAACAGACAGACGAACCACCACCGCCUAUACAGGAGGAAAUUAAGAUGGAAACCGAGGAGACCGAGCAAAUCGUCGAACCGGCUAUCGUUGAAACAACUGAUGUAGAAAUGACAGAGGAAGUGCCAAUAGAAUUGCCACCGGAAGUGCCAGAAAAACCCCCCACCCCGCCGCAGGAACCGGAAGUGAGGGUGUCGUUCCCGGAAGUUAAGUUUCCGACGACGGAAAUUAAGGUUAUACAGCCUGAAGUAGUGAAGGUUAAAGAAGAAAUACAACCAAAGGAACCGGAGACUCCACCCCAAGAAGAGACGGUAGAAGUUGUUCAAGAAGAGAAAGAGAAGGAGAUAGAGAAAGAGAUACCGGUAGUCGAAGAAGAGCAGCCUGUCAAAGAGGAGAUUGUGGAAGAAUCACAAACACAACAACAACCAGAGCCAAUAAUUGAGGAAGUACAACAGCAACAAAAAGAAGACGAACCACCGGAAGUAGUAAGUGAGGACGUCAUGGAGAUACAUCCGGAGGAUAUACCGCUUCCUCCGGAAGAACCGGCCGCUGUUCCAGAACCGAUCAAAGAACCAACUCCACCGCCAGAAGUCAAAGAAGAGAAACAAGAGAUGGAAGAAGUGAAGAAAGAGACGGAAGAACAGAGCGGAGAAGAGAAGGGAAGAGAAACGGAGGAAGAUAGGAAAGAUGAAGACGCUGAAGACUCAAUUCCACUAAAGGAUAUGAUAAAAGAAGAGCCUUUAGCGCAAGAGAAGAAAGAAGAAGACACGCACACAGAGACGGAUGACGACACGCCUAUGGAGUUAAGUAGAGAAGAAGAGAAGGACGGAAAGAAGAAAAGAGAUUAUUCGAGAAAGAAAAAAUCAGAUUCAAGAACAUGUUCAGGGUCGGAAAGUGCUCCGGAAUCUCCCAGUUCGAGCGAGGCUGAGAGACAGCAUCGCUUGUGGAGGAAGAGCGUCAUGCUUGUGUAUGGCAGGCUCUGCGCGCAUAAGUAUGCGUCUCUAUUCCUCCGUCCGAUCACCGAUGACGAGGCGCCCGGCUACAGCCAGUUAAUUAAACGGCCGAUGGAUUUGUCCACGAUCCGCCGGAAUAUUGACUCGGGGGUUAUCAGAACAACAGCGCAAUUUCAACGCGAUGUGCUUCUAAUGUUGUCCAACGCUCUAAUAUACAAUAGUACUUCGCACAGUGUGUACACUAUGGCGAAGGAGAUGUUCGAGGAGGCACAAUCCCAGUUGGGUAUGUUAGUAGCUGCGCAGGCUCAUGCUGGGUUGGUCGCACCGCCCGCACGCAAGCGGCGCCCGCACGACACAGCUCACAAACCGCGGAAUUGAACUAACUUACACGAUUGUUAAUUAAUAAAUGAAUAAUGAA